UAUAAGCGUCGGAUGGUUCAGAUCAUUCCUGACCUCCACUUUUCUUAAUUUAUCGUUCAAAAUGGAAAUAGCGAUCACUACCGCAAGGCGUUACAUGACUACAAUUUGCCUAAGAUGUUUGAGGUCUCAUGCGGCGAUAAAAAGUUUAAACAUAAGUAGAGUUGGUGCACAGGUAACUUCAUUCCAUACAGCACCAAGGCUACAGCACAAGCUUGACGAUUUCUUUGAAAUGUUCUCCUUUAAUGGAGAUGAAGUUGCCACAGGUCGACCAUGGAGAUUGGAUGAGCUACGAUUAAAAAGUAACCAAGAUCUUCACAAACUAUGGUACGUCCUAUUGAAGGAACGCAACAAGCUUAUGACUAUGGAAGAUAUGUAUGCUAAAAAGAAAAUGGAAUUCGUCAAUCCAGAACGAAUCUACAAGGUAGAAGAGUCUAUGGAGAAUAUACUGGAGAUAGUCCAAGAGCGUGAUACGGCAUACAGACUUCUGGAAUUCGGGGAUGAAGGGCAGUCUGAUACAUAUGUGUCCCGUAACGCUGUCGGUAUACCUUAUGAGAAGACAAAAAGAGACCAUUACAUACCUAAAGAAGUUAAUAAGAAACACCAGCUGCUGAACCCAGAAUAUGAGGCCUGGAUGGGCAAACACUUGCCGAAAUAUGAGGAGAGGUUGCGACGGAUACGCAACAGAAAUAUACGGACUCUUAAACGGAAAAAGGAGGCCUUGAUGAAACAGUUUGAUAUGACGGAGGAAGAACUUGAGGAGAUUGAAGAGCUGAAAUAUGAUGAGAGUAACGAUGAACUGAAAAAGUACCUGAAAAUGACAGUCCAACUGAAUGAUCAUAAAAAGUGAGAUUGUGUACAAGGACUUUUCGGAUUUUUCACAUGAGAAUUAUAGAUUAUUUAAAUCGAUUCUUUCUUUGAUUCUUUCAAGUGAAGGUCUAAUAGAAAUACCAUAAAUUUUGAGGGUUCAUGUGAAAGUGUUUUAGGGAUUUUUCAUAAUUUUGACUAGAUUAUAGAUUAUUUUAAUUGAUUCUUUCAAAAGAUGGUCUCAUAGAAAAACCAUAACAUUUGAGGGUUAAUGUGAAAGUGUUUUAGGGAUUUUUCGUAAUUUUGACUUAAUUAUAGAUUAUUUAAAUUGAUUCUUUUUUUUUAAUCUUUCAAAUGAAGGUCUCAUAGAAACACCGUAACAUUUUAGGGUUAAUGUGAAAGUGUAUUAGGGAUUUUUCAUAAUUUUGACUUGAUUGUAGAUUGUUUAAAUUUAAUGUUUCAAAUGGCGGUAGAAAUGAUUGAGCAUUAAAACAGCUUCAGAUUUGUUUAUAAAUUUUGAUUGGUGACAUAAGGAUUAUUAUGGAUUAUUUCUAAAAGAACUCAAAAACGAUGGGUGAAUUGAAUUAGUAAUACUAUAAAUCGUAAGAGUAUGUAAGGAUUUUGGGAAUCUUGAAUGGAUUAUUUGUGAUGAUUAUAAAUGUUGUAAGUCUGUAAAAAAGGUUUCAUGGGUAACAAGCUUUGUUUGUAUAGUGACGUGAAGAAAGUUAUUAAAUGAUUUAUAUGAAAUCUUUAUUCGUUGUUCUCCAAUAAUAAAUAAACAAAUUUGCAAGUAUUAGUGCUUAAUGUACAGUAAAACUGCGAUUGCUCGAGGUCGCCGGGGACCGAGCCUCAACCUUGAGGGAACCGAUGUUUCGAACUACCCGAUUCUCAAUUCUCCAGUCUGUUAUGAAAUAUAUUUCGGUGAAUUUCAAGUAUUAAGUUGUCUGUUUACUAUGACACCGAUUAUGUAUUGCGUUGUGGAAAUCGCUCAUAUGUUCAAAGACUGUCGUUUACUAUAUGUAUACUAAAUAUAAAAUGUAAAAGCAAUAUCACUAAAUCAAUUUAUUUUUACAAAAUGGCCAUAUUGUGAAAAGCAAAGUGACAAAAAGGAAUUCUUUUCAUAGAUUCCGAUGUUGGAUCGAUAUGGUAGUGUUUAUUCAUAUUUUUAUUACUCAUUUACAUUUCUCACAAUUAACUUCUCGUCAUUAACUUCUCAUAAUUAUCUUCUAAAAUGCCCUUAUCAACUAAUAUCGGUCAUGCUUUAACAGCGUUGAACGGUUUUUCACACCUUAUCAAUUGCCUUUCAACUGACAUUGCAAUUUUUACAACUUGCGUAAAUUUUAAUACCUAGCAAUUGUUUGUUUUUUUUGGAACAUGCGUUUGGGAAAAAAGGGAAAUUAUGACCUUGAGGGAGCCAUAAGGUUUUGUGCAUGAUUUGUGUACUUGGGACCGAGAAUAUUGCUCGACUCCUCGACAUAAUUAGGUUUCGAUGCAGGGUAGGUAUAUUUUAUAUGAAAAUAGAAGGAAAAACGUUCCGACCUCGAGGGAACGCCGGUUUUCGAACGACCGCUUGUUCGAACGACCGCAGUUUUACUGUAUCAGAGUAUUUGUAUUCCAACUGAAUGUGCAUUUAAUUGUUCCUGUACAAGCUGAGUAAUAUUGUGUCAUAGACUGUGACUGAUUUCCAUAUCAUUUUGAUAAAAUAAUGAUUAUACCUUAUCAUUUUACAAAUAAUUGAAUUUUUGAGUAAA